GACAAUGAAAACAUAAAAAACCGGUUCAGGGCACCGGGUUGUGGCCGCCCGGUUCUCCCCGCCCACCUGCUCCGCCUGACCCCCUUCAUAAGCCCCCGGAGACCCCGCUUCACUUCACCUCACCGCCUCUCGUCUCCCUCCGUCCAGCGGCUCUUGUCUUCUUUCUCCAGCCACAUUUGCUCCCAGAAAAUCGUUUUCAGAAUGCCGAUGGAGCUGGCUUACUGGGACAUCCGCGGGCUCGCCCAGCCCAUCCGCCUCCUGCUGGAGUACACCGGCACCGAGUACACGGACAAGCUUUACAGCUGCGGCGAAGCUCCAGAUUACGACAAGAGCUGCUGGUUCGAUAUUAAAGAAAAGCUUGGAAUGGACUUUCCCAAUCUGCCCUACCUUAUUGAUGGAGACAGGAAGAUCGUGCAGAGCAACGCCAUCAUGAGAUACAUCGCUCGCAAGCACAACAUGUGCGGAGAGAAAGAGGAUGAAAUAAUCAGAGUGGACCUCAUGGAGAACCAGUCCAUGGACUUCAGAAAUGACUUUGUGAUGCUUUGCUACGUGGGCUAUGAUACCCAAAAGGAGGCUUACCUUAAGAAACUGCCAGGUAAACUGCAGCAGUUCUCAUGUUUCUUGGGAUCCAGAAACUGGUUUGCAGGCGACAAGAUCAUGUUCGUGGACUUCAUCAUGUACGAGCUGCUGGAUCAGCACAGGAUGUUUGAUUCUAAAUGCCUGGAUGCCUUCGACAACCUCAAAAAGUUUCUGGACCGUUUUGAGGCUCUGGAAAAGAUUGCUGCCUACAUGAAGUCACCGAGAUUCAUGAAGAGUCCAGUCAACAACAAGAUGGCCAAAUGGGGAGGAAAAAAAUUGGAGUGAAGAACAGUUCAUUCAAACGUUUUUGGGGGGGAAGAACCAUUUUCACAAGUGCAACUAACUCAAUAACAAGUAAAUUCAGGAGGAGAGAAGUUGGUCUCUACUGUUUGUCUUUUUAUAACCUGUUCACUGUCUGGAUAGUUCAAAAUUAUGUUAAAAAUGUGCUGACAACAUGAGACUGCAAGUGAAAACUUUAAUUUCAGUGAAACACUAAUUACUUGUUAUAUUUGAGGUUUUUUCCAACAAUAAAUCUUGUACUAGCUGUU